UAUCUCUACUGCCACACACAUCGACCUAUAUAAACAUAAACCCUUGUGCGCACACAGCUCAUACCAAAGAUAGUAACACUAAGCUACUGCAGGUAGUAUCGUUGCACGGGUUCUAGCAGAAAUAACAGUAGCAAUGGGUGGAGAUCAUGGACAUGGACACGGACAUGGAAAACCAUAUGAAGUACCGGAUUGGCGAAUAUACAAAGUAGAAGAUUGUCCUCAGUUGUUAGCUGUCCAGAAGGCUCUGGCGCAGAAGGGACUUAAGGAUCCAUGGCUCAGGAACGAAGUGUGGCGAUUCCUCCCACAAAAUUACGGCACAGAAGGACAGAGGCUCAGAACACUUUUAUUCAGGGGAUUUAAAUACGGUUUUGCAGCUUUCUUAGUAACAAUUGCAGUUGAGAAAGCUUGGGAGAAGAUGCAUCCUGGAAGUGGACAUGGGCAUGGCCAUGAUCAUCAUUAAGAAGUAUUUUGUGAAGUCUGCAGAUACAUGAUGAACAUUAGUGUACAUAAGUAGCUUUGUAGUACUGUUAUAAAAACCCUACUACUGUGUUUCAAACAGGAUCUCAGUUGUUUCAUACUAAUUUUGUAUGUGUAACAAGCAAAGCCCUGGCUGAGAUCUACCAUCGUGUGGUAGUGUUGGUACAAUAAUAGUUACAAGUGACUAAAAGAUACACUUGAAAACAAAAUAAAUACUGUCUUGUAAUUGUGGUAA